AUGAGCGUCUUCGUGAAGAAGCUCAACGAAGUCGAUCCGCCGGUGCAUCCACUAGAGCUCAUUUGGGUUCGGAUGGUGAUGACAUGGGUAGUCUGUGUCGCAUAUAUGUCGGUGACCAAGGUCCCAAAGCCGGUACUGGGCCCGAAGGGAAUUCGAACAUUGUUGGCGUAUCGGGGCUUGUCAGGAUUCGUCGGCUUGUUUGGGACUUACUAUGCUCUGCAAUAUCUCUCGCUGUCGGAUGUGACCGUGCUGUCCUUCCUGACGCCUAUGUGCACUGCGGCCACUGGGGCACUUCUGCUCAAGGAGAAUCUAACUGCCAGACAGAUGAUUGCAAGCGUGUUCAGCUUCGUUGGAGUCGUUCUAAUUGCACGACCCGAGUUUCUAUUUGGGCGACAACAUCAGAAUGAACAAAUCGACGAGGCAGAAUCUCUGAGAAUUGUCACAUCGGCGCAACGUCUGGUUGCUGUGAGCGUCGCUCUGUUGGGAGUCGUGGGACUUACGAGUGCUUAUACGACCAUCCGUGCAAUUGGCAAGCGCGCGCAUCCAAUGCACAACCUUGGCGCGUUCUCGUUGUUUUGCAUUCUCACCGCGCCAAUACUGAUGGUGUUCGCACAGAUUCAAUGUGUGGUACCUGACAAUGUAUCUUGCUCGGCCAUGAUUCUAGCCGUCAGUGGCUGCGGUUUUGCUGCUCAGAUGACGAUGACCUCAGGACUCCAGCGCGAAACUGCAGGCAGAGGGACCAUGGCAAUAUAUGUCCAGGUCAUCUUCGCACUUGUCUUCGAGCGAAUGUUCUUCCACACGACUCCUCCGCCGUUGUCCAUUAUUGGCACAGUCAUCAUCCUUUCGUCAGCAAUAUACGUAGCUGUAAGUGUCCAAUAA